AUUGAAGUGGGAGGUUAUUUCGGACAUUAACUACAAGCGGAGAAGAGAGGAGUGUCCGUGUGUGUGUUUAGAGUUUGGACAGACACUGAAAAAUGAACACCCAAAAUCGGAUCACCCUUGCUGUUGUUGUCUAUUAGGGUUUUAGCGACUUUCAAUCUUUUCUCCAUUGAUUCCCAGUUCAAAUCCCCGAUCGCCGGAAAUCAAGCUCGAGAUUUCCUCCGAUCCGGAUCGCCGAUCCGAUGGUGGCAGCACCCAAGAUGGAGAAAUCGCCGGCGGAUCUGCUCGGAUCGCCGGGGCUGACCUCGCUGCUCAAGUCCAUUAAGCUGAAGACGAAGCAGCAGGAGCUCUUGAUCCGCGUCUCCAUUCUCUGUCUCGUUUACGUUCUGGCGUUUAUUACUCGCCUCUUCAGCGUGCUGCGUUACGAGAGCAUGAUUCACGAGUUUGACCCCUACUUCAAUUAUCGGGUUACUCAGUUUUUGACUCAGAAGGGGUUUUACGAGUUCUGGAAUUGGUUUGACUCCGAGAGUUGGUAUCCGCUCGGUAGGAUUAUCGGCGGGACACUUUAUCCUGGCCUCAUGGUCACCGCUGCCCUUAUUUACUGGACUCUUCGGUUCCUCAGGUUUGCAGUUCAUAUUCGGGAAGUUUGUGUGCUCACUGCACCGUUCUUUGCCUCCAACACCACCCUUGUUGCUUACUUCUUUGGGAAAGAGUUGUGGGACUCUGGUGCUGGACUUGUAGCAGCAGCACUCAUUGCCAUUUGCCCUGGAUAUAUCUCGAGGUCGGUGGCAGGAUCAUAUGAUAACGAGGGUGUUGCUAUAUUCGCUUUGCUACUUACAUUCUAUUUAUUUGUCAAGGCUGUGAAUACGGGGUCACUUGCUUGGGCUGUGGGUUCAGCUUUUGGAUAUUUUUACAUGGUUUCAGCAUGGGGUGGUUACGUCUUCAUUAUUAAUCUGAUCCCUCUAUAUGUGAUGGUUCUGUUGAUUACUGGAAGAUACUCUAUGAGGUUGUAUGUAGCUUAUAAUUGUACAUACGUGCUGGGAAUGUUACUAGCCAUGCAGAUUCGGUUUGUGGGCUUUCAGCAUGUCCAGUCUGGAGAACACAUGGCUGCAAUGGGUGUGUUUUUCUUGAUGCAGGUGUUUUACUUCUUAGAUUGGGUGAAAUACCUUCUAAACGAUCCGAAGAAAUUCCAUACAUUCCUUAGGAUCACAGUGACUAGUGCCGUAAGUUUGGGUGCAAUAGCUCUUGGAGUUGGAACUGCUUCUGGAUAUAUUUCGCCAUGGACUGGUAGAUUUUAUUCUCUAUUGGACCCAACUUAUGCAAAGGACCAUAUACCUAUAAUUGCAUCUGUCUCUGAGCAUCAACCAACAGCCUGGUCAUCGUUCAUGUUUGAUUUUCAUAUAUUGCUACUGCUGUUCCCUGCUGGUCUAUAUUUCUGUUUCAAGCGCCUCUCUGAUGCCACAAUAUUCAUAGUCAUGUAUGGUCUCACCAGUAUGUACUUUGCUGGAGUCAUGGUGCGGUUGAUACUUGUUGCUACACCUGCAGUAUGCCUUAUUAGUGCUAUUGCAGUCUCGGCCACUAUUAAGAAUUUAACCCAGCUGGUGAGAGCAAAGACCAAACCUGUUACAGUAGGUUCUGGUAAAGGAGUAGCUGGCACCAAAGCUUCAUCGAAGGGUUCCAUGGAUCAAUCUUUGCCUUUCCAAAAAAAUGGUGCAGCUGUGUUGCUGUUGGGAGCAUUUUAUUUACUUAGCAGAUAUGUUAUCCAUUGUACUUGGGUCACCUCAGAGGCAUAUUCAUCUCCAUCAAUUGUCUUAGCUGCUAGAGGUGCUAAUGGGAACAGGAUUAUUUUUGAUGACUACCGUGAAGCAUAUUAUUGGUUGCAACAGAAUACUCCUCCGGAUGCCAAGGUGAUGUCUUGGUGGGAUUAUGGUUAUCAGAUCACUGCCAUGGGGAACAGGACAGUUAUAGUUGACAAUAACACUUGGAAUAACACUCACAUUGCAACCGUUGGGCGUGCAAUGUCAUCUUAUGAAGAUGAAGCAUAUGAGAUUAUGCAAUCAUUGGAUGUUGAUUAUGUAUUGGUAGUCUUUGGAGGUGUCACUGGAUAUUCUUCUGAUGAUAUCAACAAAUUUUUAUGGAUGGUGAGAAUCGGAGGGGGCGUUUUUCCAGUAAUUAAGGAACCCGAGUAUCUUGUUAAUGGGGAGUACCGGGUUGACAAAGGUGCAGCUCCAAAGAUGUUGAACUGUCUAAUGUACAAGCUAUCUUAUUAUCGUUUUGGGGAGCUGACUACAGAAUACGGACAACCACCCGGGUAUGACCGAGCGCGAGGUGUUGAAAUCGGGAACAAAGACAUAAAGUUAGAACACUUGGAAGAGGCAUUCACCACAUCCAACUGGAUAGUUCGAAUAUACAAAGUUAAACCCCCAAACAACAGGUGGUGAUUUAGAUAUCUUCUAUCUCUAUACUCUCCCUCCCUCGCACAGACAGACGACAGGUUUUGACUGUGAUGUUGAGUUCAUACUGUUGAGUAGACAGUUUUAAGGUUCCGAAUUUUUCUGGAUUUUUGUCGAAUCUUGGAGAUUUUGUAGUGAAUUUGUACUUUUAAAACUAUUGCUAAUUUGAUUUA